ACGUCAUUAGUUUUCUUUAUUUUCUACAAAUUGUGCAAAAUUGUGAGUUGUACUUCGGAGAUAAUUGUGUUAAAUAUUUUAUUUUAUAAUGCAGUGAGUACGUACGUUUCCUGCUUAUUUUUGUUAUUUAUUUAUACAAAAAAAAAGUGCGUGUGUGUGAAUGAAGUGAGCAUAGAAAAACACAAAUACGUUAUGUAUUCCUUCAGCAUAUUCCUUUCCCCUUAAAAAUGCAAACAAAUAGAUUUUGUAGAUUUAAGUGCAUUCAGUGAAACAAAGUUCUACCAAACAAAAACAUAUGUAAAGAUAUUUUGAAAUCCCUGCAUGGACAAAUAGCAAACUGUGUAUUUGCAAUAAAAAGUUAUGGAAAAGUUUCCAUUGAAGGGUAACAGGGAAGUUGCGGCCGAAGGAAACAGCUACAUAACUGCGUACCAGUCUGUACUGAAGAAGGUAAACGGUCAUACAGGAAGUGACGUAAAUUCGCAAGAUCAUCCGCUAGCCUCAUCUGGAGUACUCGGUGUGGCAGCUACUACAUCAUUAAAUACAACAGACGAUGAUGAAAUGAUUGACAUAACGCCCAGAUCAAGUCCGGAGGAUAUACAUCCAAGUAACAAAUUCAAUUCAUAUAGCAGGCAUGUAGCCGAAGACUCAGACAUGGAAAGAGAAAGAGAUCGCAACGUCAGACAACAUGUGCCAACACACAGCGCUUUUGGUGACUCAAACGAUGGGGGAUUAUCAUUUUAUGGAGGAGCAUCAGGUAAGCUAUAUGAUGUACAUGAUGAUAUGCUGGGAAUCGGUCAGUAUGAAGAUUUCCAUACUAUUGAUUGGCAACGUGAUAUUGCCAGAGAUCGAAUGCGACACAGGUAUAUAGUUAAGAAGAGACAAGAUUCGUUAUUGGAUUUACUAAAGGGUGCCCACGAUGCUUGGUCUGGCUGGCUGUGCGUGUUAUUUGUGGGUAUUGCGGCGGGUUGUGUUGCUGGCAUGGUUGAUAUUGGCGCAAGUUGGAUGUCAGAUUUAAAACAUGGCAUAUGCCCGCAAGCCUUUUGGUUUAAUCGAGAGCAAUGUUGUUGGCCAACAAAACAAUCAGUCUUCGAAGAGGGCAAUUGCUCAACGUGGAAAACAUGGCCUGAAAUAUUUGGAUUUAGUCGAAAUGGCACUGGUCCAUAUAUCAUCUCAUACAUAUGGUAUAUAUUGUGGGCGUUACUCUUUGCCGCUCUGAGUGCAUCGUUGGUACGCAUGUUUGCGCCAUAUGCUUGUGGUUCCGGUAUACCAGAAAUUAAAACAAUACUCUCAGGAUUUAUAAUACGUGGAUAUUUGGGCAAAUGGACUUUGUUAAUAAAAUCUGUUGGUCUGAUGUUGUCAGUAUCUGCUGGUUUAACAUUAGGAAAAGAAGGACCAAUGGUGCAUAUUGCUAGUUGUAUCGGAAAUAUUUUUUCACAUGUUUUUCCAAAGUAUGGACGCAAUGAAGCAAAGAAACGUGAAAUUCUUUCAGCUGCAGCAGCGGCAGGUGUAUCGGUAGCUUUUGGUGCACCAAUCGGUGGUGUUCUUUUUUCACUCGAAGAAGUAUCAUAUUAUUUUCCUUUAAAAACAUUAUGGCGCUCAUUUUUCUGUGCGCUGAUUGCUGCAUUUGUAUUGCGAUCUGUAACACCAUUCGGUAAUGAACAUUCAGCAUUGUUCUUUUUGGAGUACAACGCACCAUGGAUAUUUUUCGAGCUUAUACCUUUUGUAUUUUUGGGCAUUAUGGGAGGUGUCAUUGGCACAGUAUUUAUUAAAGGGAAUUUAUGGUGGUGUCGUUAUAGAAAGUUUAGCAAAUUGGGUCAAUAUCCAGUAGUAGAAGUACUCGUCGUUACUUUGGUCACUGCAAUUGUCUGCUUUCCCAAUCCAUUUACACGCAUGAAUAUGAAUGAACUAAUCGAUUUACUUUUUAAUCAAUGCUCGCCUGGAGACACAAUUAAUCCACUGUGCGAUUACACGCGGAAAAACAUCACAAUUGGCGCUUCAUCAAUGAUUGAGGUUACAGUGCCUGGUCCAGGAGUAUACAGUGCAAUAUGGCUGCUUAUCUUCACAUUCUUUUUAAAGUUAGCGUUAACAGUUUUCACAUUUGGCAUGAAGGUGCCCGCAGGUUUAUUUGUGCCAUCUUUAUUGUUAGGCUCAAUCAUGGGUAGAAUCGUUGGUAUCGGUGUUGAACAAUUUGCAUACAGCUAUCCAAAUAUUUGGUUCUUAGCUGGCGAAUGCUCCAGUGGUAAUAAUUUAAUCACUCCUGGUUUGUAUGCAAUGGUGGGCGCUGCAGCUGUUUUGGGUGGGGUAACGCGUAUGACAGUUUCGCUAGUAGUUAUAAUGUUUGAGCUAACUGGUGGUGUUGGCUAUAUCGUACCAUUAAUGGCAGCUGCUAUGGCUUCAAAAUGGGUAGGAGAUGCACUUGGUAGACAGGGUAUAUAUGAUGCUCACAUUGCACUAAAUGGGUAUCCAUUUUUGGAUAGCAAAGAGGAGUUUGCUCAUACAACACUCGCUGCAGAUGUAAUGCAGCCUAAACGAAAUGAAACAUUAAAUGUCAUAACGCAGGACUCAAUGACUGUUGAUGACGUUGAAAAUUUAUUAAAAGAAACUGAACAUAAUGGGUAUCCUGUUGUGGUAUCGAAAGAAAAUCAAUACUUAGUAGGAUUUGUUUUAAGAAGAGAUCUCAAUUUAGCAAUUGCAAAUGCCAAACGACUUAUUGAGGGUCUUAAUGGCUCAUCAGUAGUACUAUUCACAUCCACUAUGCCAACACAAAAUCUUGGACCACCUGCUUUGAAAUUAAAGAAAAUUCUCGAUAUGGCACCAAUUACCGUUACGGAUCAAACGCCAAUGGAAACAGUUGUCGAUAUGUUCCGUAAAUUAGGUUUACGACAAACAUUAGUAACACAUAAUGGACGUCUCUUGGGUGUUAUCACGAAAAAGGAUGUACUGCGGCAUGUGAAAAAAAUGGAUGAUGAAGACCCUAACACGGUUUUGUUUAAUUAAAUAUAAAUUAAUUUAAGUAAACUAAGUUGCAACAUUAUUGUUAGCGACAGUCAUUUUAAGAUGUACGCGUUAGCAUUUUAAAAUGCUGUUUAUAUUUGUCAUUAAUAGUAAAAUUCUUUAUUUUUUAUGUGAAAUCUAUAUUAAUUUUU